AUAGAGAGAGGCCGCACCUUGGACGGAUGAUCAUGAACGAAGACGAUGCUGACGAGAGACGUGAAAAUGUCAAUGACAAUGUUGUGGUUGAACAUCAAGUUAAAAUUAGCGACGAUGAUGGAAAUAUCAGCGAUGGUAGAAAAGCUAAUGGAAAUACGGCAGGAGAGCGAUAUGUUGAUACUGAUUUUAGCUCGCAUGAUUACUACGCUGCAGACGGUAUUGGUGACGUCGGCCAGAUAAACAGCAAAGUAAACAAGUUGCCAGAGAAAAAUAAUACACCUCCGAGGAAACACACUCAUAAGGAUAAUUUCAAAGGAGGUAGGACUACUGCCGAUACAAUUAACCCACGAAACAAGCUACGAAAAGGUGGAUUAAUUAAGCCGCGAUACAUAGCAACACAUGGUAAAGACACUGCCAAGGAUAUAAAGCCAGUGAUAAACAAGGAAGAUAUUGCUGUAGCUGAAGGAAACAAUAUUAAAUGGGAAGAUAAAAAGAGUGGCGAAAGAACAGAGAAUGAGAAGGCAGAGGAAUCAACCCCUACCCUGCAGGUGCCAGAUCAUGGCUUCCACAAUAACCUUAUUUUCCACGGCUUCUAUUCUAUUAACGAGACAAGCAAAGAUCAUCCUAUCAUGAAGGUGCUGCUACUAACUUACCAGCGAGCAGGAUCAUCUUACACUGGAGAACUGCUGACCUCGGGAGGGGAGGCCAUGUACGUGUUCGAGCCUUUCUUUGUGUGGAGGAAGCUUCUGGGCCCCAAGGCUGACCCCAGGCUGGAGGCCGACUCUGCCAAGGCGCUCGGUGACCUGCUGGACUGCCGACCCGAGGUUAUCCGUUUCUGGAGGAGGAAGAACUAUUACUACUUUAGAAGGAAGCCUGAAGGCAUAAGGAAUUUCUGCCCCAGCGCCCGGCUACGCUUGGUCAAAACCAUCAGGGCAAGGGCUCGUUUCAUCAUGCCCUGGAUCACUGCAAGACCCGAUAUCAAGGUAAUCCAUUUGGUGCGCGACCCCCGGGGGAUCCUGAGCUCGGUGCGUCAAGGAGGGCACCUCUGGAGCGACAACAGCCGCAACGUCGCCCUCCAGUGCGACAACCUGAAGAACGACCUUCAACUGGCGGACCUCGGUCCAUCGAGGUACCUUCGUGUCCGGUAUGAAGACCUGGUGGACCAUCCCAUACAGGAGUUGAAUCGAGUCUUCCGCUUCAUGGGAACUCAGCCGAACAACAAGGUCAUGACCUACCUGAAGCUCCACUCCGGCCUGGACCAGUCACCAGCUCUGAAACAAGACAGGUAUCUGAACACGUACAGAGACGCUCGCUACCGACACGACCACUGGAAGACGCACUUAAAGCAGCGGGAGCUAGAGCACAUCCAGAAGGCGUGUGCUGAUGUUAUGGCUCGUCUUGGUUACACGCCCUUGCCACCAGCCUGACCCCGUCCGUCUCCUUCACGCGAUGUAAUCAACUUGCGCACCACUAAGAUCACCAUCAACGUCAUUAACACCAACAAGAUCACCGAAAGUGCAAACUGUAAGGACAUAAAUAGCUUCGGAGUUUAGAGACAAACUGGCUUCAAGGAAAAAUAAUUAGAUUUCUCCAUAAUUCAAUAUUCUCCCUAGUUGAAUAUUGAACGAGUCGUAAGGCAGUAAGUUUACUGAGGUACAUGAUGUAAGUGUGGAGUUUUACAAUUGACUUACAUAGUAACAUACGUGUAAACUAGCAGGAUAACCCAAUGUAAUCAAAGUAGCAAGUGUCUUCCAUUAAGUUGUAAGUCUAAAUAGUAAGGGACGAAGGAUCAGGUAGAAUUUCACAAGGACGAGAACGAAUAACAUCAAGAAUUAAAAGUCACAAUACCGUGACUGGAAAAAUACACAAAUAACCCACACAUAGGGGAGAGAAACUUAGGACGACGUUUCGGUCUGACUUGGACUAUUAGCUAGUCAAAAACAAGAGCGCAGGGAAGGGAGCCAGUACAUAUACGAGAUGGGGGGUGAGGCCAGGUGUAGUACAACGAGAGGCGGAAGGAGUAUAAUGGUGGUAGUAAUGGUAGAGGUAGUGGUAGAAGCAGUAGUAUUAGUAUAAGUAGUGCAACAGUAGCAGAGGGAGCAAGAGAAAGGGAGUAGUGGCAGUAAUACAAGAGUUAGAGAGUGGAGUGAUAGCAAAGCAAUAUUAGCAGUAGUAGUAGUGGAGGAAGUCUAAUGUGAAAAAUGGAGCACCGCUGGAGAGUUAAUGGUAGGACAGAAACCCAGGGGAAAAAACUCAUAUAAGAACUUAGAAACAUAUAGAAGGAACACUGCAGCAGGCCUACUGGCCCAUGCGAGGCAGGUCCAAGUCUCCCACCGGCUUAAGCCAAUGACUGCUAAAUGGAGGCAAAAUUACCAACCUAGUCAGAUCAGGUCACAUCCACUUAAGGAAGGAACACGACAUCAGAUCUAGCGCAAGCUGGUCAAGUCCAACUCACACCACUCACGUAUUUAUCUAACCCAUUUUUAAAACUACACAACGUUUGAGCUUCUAUGACGAUACUCGGAAGUUUGUUCCACUCAUCCACAACUCUUUUACCAAACCAGUGCUUCCUAUAUCCUUUCUGAAUCUGAAUUUUUCCAACUUGAAACCAUUGCUGCGAGUCCUCUCUUAGCUAGAUAACUUUAGCAUGCUAUUUAUAUUCCCUUUAUUUAUUCCUGUUUUUCCAUUUACACCUCAAUCAUGUCUUCCCUAAUUCUACGUCCUUCUAGAGAGUGCAGAUUCAGGGCCCUCAGUCUAUCCUCAUAGAGAAGAUCUCUGAUACCUGAGAUCAACUUUGUCAUCCUCCUUUGUAUGUUUUCCAGAGCAUUUAUAUCCAUUCUGUAAUACGGUGACCAAAAAUGUGCAGCAUAAUUUUAAUGAGGUAUAACCAUGGAUAUAUAGGGAUGAAGAACAACCUGAAGACUCCUAUUAUUUAUGCUUCUUGAUAUGAAGCCAAAAAUUCUGUUCGCUUUAUUGCAAACACUUAAGCACUACUGUCUUGGUUUUAGAUUACUGCUAUGUAGAUGAAUGGUUCAGAGAACCGACAAGUUGAUAAAUUAGACACAUGUACAACACUUGGGUAUUUUUAAUGAGGAAACGUUUCGCCACACAGUGGCUUCAUCAGCCCAUACAAAGGAGAAUGGUGAAGAACUGGAGAAGUUUGAGGUUAUCAGUCCCUCAGCCUUGAAUCGAUGAAAUCAAUCCAUCAGUCUUGAAAAGAAUGCAUCAUAUGUGCGAAGAAGUGGCUUAUAUACU